AUGUCUUAUAAUACUGGCCAAACUCCCGAUUCCGUUUAUCAAGGUGAAGGUGACCUUAGGGCCCAAAACAGUGGUUCUUAUUCUUUCAGGAGUGAUAUAAUGUCUACCCCUCCGCAUAAAAUUCGUACUCCUGAUUUUGAUCGUCUUUUACCACAAAGAUCUCUUAAUCCGGUCCAAGAUCUGCAAAUGCGGAUUGUAACCGAAGAAAGUUCCAAAAAGAGGAAGUUAUCGGUCAUCGAAGAGGAAGCACAACAAGCAGUUGUGGGACAAGCAAUGUUACCAUUAAGAGAAACAACCGAUGAUAUUAUUCAUCGUUUGAAUUCAACUCCCACAAAGUCAUCCAAGAGAUUGUUGUCUUUUAGUACACCGACGAAAGAACGAAACUAUUUUUUCGAUUCGCCGGUCAAGAGAGAUUAUAAUUCAAGUCCGCUUCCGCUGGAAGCGCAGUUAAUUUUAACUAGCCCUCGUAAGCCGCCCAGAUAUAUUAGUAGAACUCCAUACAAGGAUGACUUUUACUUAAAUUUGGUGGAUUGGUCUUCCACAAAUAUUUUAGGUGUUGGAUUAGGUACAUGUGUUUAUCUUUGGAAUGCAGUUACUUCAAGGGUUGUGAAGCUUUGCGAUAUGGCAAGCUCAGGAAGGCAUGGUAAUAGCAACACAGAGAAUGUUACAUCAGUUAGUUGGAUGCCGACGGGUUCUCACAUAGCCGUUGGGACAGCUCUAGGUCCUGUUGAAAUCUGGGAUGUUCAUCAAAGUAGAAAAAUCAGAAAGAUGAAAGGACAUGUUCAACGAGUAGGUGCCUUAUCUUGGAAUUCUUAUAUUGUUAGUUCUGGAGGGCGAGAUAGGAUGAUUUAUCAUAGGGAUAUCAGAUCCCAAAAUGACUAUACGGCAAAAUUAUCUGGGCAUAGACAAGAGGUUUGUGGACUCAAAUGGAAUCCAGAGGGAAAUCAACUUGCUAGUGGUGGGAAUGACAAUAAGCUCUUGAUAUGGGACAGAGCAAGUGAUGUACCUCUUCAUAAAUUUCCUCAUCAUACGGCAGCU